ACUAUUAGAGUGUUCCAUCUUAAUGUGUCUUGCAGGGAGAGGGAGAGGCAGAGGCAGAGGGAGAGAGAAACCAAGACUGCCAAUACAGAUUCACAAAGGUCUGGAUCUACGAGAGUUAUAAUAGUCCAUAAAUACACAGGUCCACUUAGAAGACCAGAUGUGCUCAAAACUCCCCCCUCCCAGGACUCCAGGUGUGACAAGACCACUGGUGUGACUAGCAAGGUGGUCUGUCCAGGCACCACUAUUAUAAGUCCCCAGGGUCUCCUCCAGCGCCAUGAGAACUUACAGAGGAACGUUGAGAGGCACUGGCACCCUCAGGAACCCCAGCAGGAACCUAUGGAGUCUAGUCAAGGCCAGGAAGGAAUGGAUUGGGUGUUUGAUGAUGAUUCUAAGAUGUCGGAAAGCCAGAGGACUCCAUUACCUGCCUGCCUGCCAUCUGUCUCUCAGUGCCCCAAGUCUGUUGUCAUUAAUCCUUUGAAGUACUUGGAAUACUUUGCAGACUCACCUUGGGACACUGACAAAGGUUCUUGCUCCAGGGACACACACCAAAGGGGCGCACAUCCCAGAGACACACACCUGCAGGCCACACAUCCCUUAGAAACACACAUGCAGGCAACACAUUCCAGAGACACAAAUCUGCAGGCAACACAUCCCUUAGAAACACACCUGCGGGCCACACAUCCCUUAGAAACACACCUGCAGGCAACACAUUCCAGAGACACAAAUCUGCAGGCAACACAUCCCUUAGAAACACAUCUGCAGGUGACACAUUCCAGAGAGACACAUCUUUCAGAAACACACCUUCAGGCAACACAUCCCAGUGCCACACACCAGCAAGACACAGACCCCAUGGCCCCACAGACCCACACCUCACACACUUCACAGACACAGGCAGCGACAGCCACACACAGACCCACCUAUAUCCAGGGUGUGAGUUACGGUCCGCUUGUCACUGCCGGCACUGCAAGGACUGAAAUGUAUGGCAGGGACGAGAGGCACCCUGCUCCCUACCAGCACACAUGGCAGGGGGCAGGAGGAGGCAGGGGGCAGCAGGUAUAUGACACAGGCUGGCAGGGUGAAUCUUACGUCCCACAUUAUUAUCAGCAUCUCAGCCAAGCCUUACCAUCAGACACUAAACUUAAUCCCUGGCACCAGAACCCAGUCACUCACCCAAGACCUUUACUGGAUCUGUCUGACCCUAUUUUCCCGAGAUAUGUGUUCCAACCACCACCACCACGCUGCCACCACCACCACCACCACCAGUAGACAUCUUCCUACAACAUUCCUGGGAGACACUACAAGGAUCAGUGCCAAGGUGCAACACAAGCCAGAGUGCACCACUUCCUGAGAGACACCUUUACUAUGGGCCAGGCUGUGAGAGGGCCAGGGAUCAGCUUGGAGUGGGUAUGGGUGUGUGUGCUGGUGGUGGUGCUAGUGGUGGUGGUGGGUAUGUGGGUAUGAUGUGCAGUCAACAUAAGCAGUGAUGUUAAGAGGAUGUACGGGUGAAGUGAAGGGAUGUGAACUAUAGUGUGUCUAUUCUAAAGUGGCUCUUGAGUCUUGGUUUGAAUGGUGUGUCUGGGAAUGCGUGGUUGUCAGAUCUUGAGGCAAACCGUGAGCUGUCCUUGUAAUAAGUGCGUUGAUCAAGAGAAAAGUAUUAUUCACAUCAAAUCAAUUACAAUGGUUUGAAAUCCAGGAGCCAUUUUACAGACAGACUAUAGUUAAUGUUGACUUGUGAAUGUGAAGGUUAGGUUUACCCUUCAAGACAGUAUUGGGGAUGUAAAAAAAUGGAAACAGCUGAGAUAAAAACUAUGAUGUUAAGAGGAUUUACAGUGAAGUGAAGUGACAUAAACUAGUUAGUGUUUAGUAGUGGAGGUUAUGUUUACACUCCCACUAACACAGUAUUGGGGAUGUAAAGGAUGGAAGUAGCUGUCUAAUAUAAAGUACUACAAUGUUAAGAGGAUUUACAGGUGAAGGGAAGUGAUGUUGACUAGUUAGUGUUGAGUAGUGAAGGUUAUGUUUACACUCCCACUAACACAGUACUGGGGAUGUAAAAAGUGGAAAUAGCUGUCUGAUAUAAACUACUACGAUGUUAAGAGGAUUUA